GGGAGAAAGAAGGGAGGCUGCCGAUUCGCGACUCUUGCUUCGUUUUACGCCGGGAAAUACGAAGCAGAAGGAAGGGGUAGAGCCGAGAACAGCCCCCGCCUGCAAACUCCCCUGCAGAGAGGCAGGCUCCAGCCCACGCUCCUGCUGCUUACAGUGGCUGCCUCCCCCGCUGUCAUGAGCAUCCAUAAAGGAGGAUCCCGCCUGCAGCAGCAACAGCCUGGCGAAUAGAGAGCGUACGAGGCGCACGGAGUGGGAAAGGCGAGGGAGACGAGGCUGCAGUGUGGCGGUGGUGGCGGCGGCGGCGGCGGCGGCGGCGGGGAGAUCCGGCUUGCAAACGUAGACCCCCUCAUCGACUCCGGGAAAGCCCUGCCGCGGUUGAGGGCGCACGCCUCUCUGCGCUUAGGACAGAAGCGGGGGAGGCAGGCAGUGAAUCCUUGCAAAGAGAUUAGCCAGCUUCACGCGCUGAGGUGGCCAGAAGAGAAGGCUAGACAGUCGCCUCCCUUCCUGCCCUUUAGCAACUCGGGGGUCAGGCAGACCAGGCCCAUCAGGGACGUCUCGAAUAGCUCCCGCCGUUGUGAGAAGCAAGCCCGAAAGACUCCGCGUAUUCUCCUCUCCAAUCCCUUUCCACGCUCAGUGAGAUUGUCCCAAGCUGCGCCCCCACCAAUUUCAGUCCCAGAUCUUGCCCCUUCGCCAACAUCGUGUAUAGCCAUGACUGUCUGACCACGCACCUCCCCGUUAACUCCCUUCAGCACGCGAAGUGGGGCACCCCUGAUCUCCCGUUUUGGCCUAGGCUGAGAAGGGCGCAUUGGAUCAACCCUCGUCCUGGGGCCCUGCUGCGCCCUUGGGUGCCCCCGCAGUGGCCGGUGGGAUGAAGCCUUUGGAGAAAUUUCUGAAGAAGCAGGGCUCUCACUUGGCCGCCCGGGCUGUUCCUGGGUCCGGGGGGCAGCUGUCUCGCAGGCAAAGCGUCUCCAAAAUCCUCCUGCCUGGAUUUCUUAAGGAGCCGCCUGAAGAUCUGACGGAAGGAGGCGCGGAAACCACGGGCGAUGGCCGCUGGCUGGAGCUGCGGCCCCCCGAUUCCGCGCUGCGCUCCCCAACCUCCUUCUCGUCGGAGGAGCUCUCCCCAGGAGGUGGCGGAGGAGGCGAAACCCAGCUCAGUCCCGAGUCGGUGCCUACCUGCUGCUGGGUCCCGUUGGCAGAGCCGGAAAACCCUGAUCGCUUAGUGGGGAGGGUGCUGGAGAGGCUGGGAGGGGACCCGACAGCCCCCCACGGACACGGCUGUGGAGCCGACAUCCUCCUAGAUGACAUUGUCCUUACCCAUUCACUGUUCAUGCCCACGGAGCAGUUCCUGCAUCAGCUGUACCAACACUUCAUGACGGCAUCAGCAAUCCCGUCACCACCAUGUUGGAAAGAAGAUGAAGCUGUGCACCGGAAGCGAGCAGUUUUGAUAAUUUUACUGCACUUCCUUGAGACGUUCAAGGGGAUCCUGCAAGAAGAAGAGAAAGCUGGCAAAGUCAUCAAGGAUCUGUAUUUGCUGAUCAUGAAAGAUGCAUCCCUCUACCACAAACUGGAAGAUGAAAUCCUGAAAUUACAUCAGCUUGUGGAGACAGUGGAACUCAAAGUGACUGAAGAAACCCACCCGCCCAGCAAACAAGUCAAACCUUUGUUCAGACAUUUUCGGCGCAUUGAUUCAUGUCUUCAGACUCGGGUUGCCUUCCGUGGAUCAGAUGAAAUCUUCUGCCGUGUCUAUAUGCCAGACCACUCCUAUGUCACCAUCCGCAGCCGCCUCUCAGCCUCUGUGCAGGACAUCCUCGCCUCAGUGACGGAGAAACUUCAGUAUUCUGAUGAGCAGCCUACACGGGAGGAAGCUUUCAUUCUGGUGGCUGUUGCAUCAUCGGGAGAGAAAUCUGUGCUACAGCCUAACGAAGAGUGUGUUUUCACUACCUUGGGGAUAAACAGCCAUCUUUUUGCCUGCACAAAGGAUACUUUUCCAUCCCUGGUCCCUCUCCCAGAGGAAAUCCAAGUGUCACCAGGGGACACAGAGAUCCACCGGAUGGAAGCUGAGGAUGUAGCAAAUCACCUGACAGCCUUCCACUGGGAACUGUUCCGGUGUGUCCACGAGCUAGAAUUUGUGGACUACGUGUUCCAUGGUGAACGUGGCCGACGGGAGACAGCCAAUCUGGAGUUGCUGCUGCAACGCUGCAGUGAGGUUCAGCACUGGGUGGCCACCGAAGUGUUGCUCUGUGAAUCUCUAGGGAAGCGGGCUCAUUUGCUCAAGAAAUUCAUCAAGGUUGCUGCAGUAUGUAAACAGCAUCAGGACAUGUUAACAUUCUAUGCUGUGGUUAUAGGACUGAACAAUGCACCUGUCAGUCGUUUGCGCCUCACCUGGGAGAAGCUUCCAGGGAAAUUUAAGAACUUGUUUCGCAAAUUUGAGAACCUCACGGAUCCCUGCAGGAAUCACAAAAGCUACAGAGAAGUCCUGUCUAGGAUGAAGCCACCCAUUAUCCCCUUUGUUCCCCUCAUCCUAAAAGACUUGACAUUUUUGCAUGAAGCUAGCAAAACCUUGGUGGAUGGAUUGGUCAAUGUAGAGAAACUGCAUUCAGUAGCAGAAAAAGUACGGACUAUCAGGAAAUGCCGAAGUCGACCCCUCUGUUUGGAGAUGGAGUCGUCUCCUCAGCAGCUACAGACAAAGGCUUAUGUCCGUCAAUUCCAAGUUAUUGACAAUCAGAAUUUACUUUUUGAACUCUCUCACAAGUUGGAGUCAAACAGCCAGUGAAGUCCCUGCCCAUGGGCAGGCAUUGCUAAAAAAGAAUGUUUACUCUGUGAUACUUGAGCACUUUUUGGAUGUACAGGGGACCCACCUAGGCUUUGCCUUAGUUGGAGAGGCAAGUAUGGAGUCACCAGAUGGCAAGGAUGAAGUGUCUUUGUCAUGGCUGGCCCAAGACACCUUGGUGGAAAAUUGAAAUGGCACCUUGUAAUCCUACCAAUUAGAAUGAGACACAAUCUGCUGGGAAGCUGUCCCACUAGAUUCAUCCAAGAAGUUUUGAUGUCAGAGCUGAAAAACCCAAAUAGCACCUUUUUAGUUGCUUCACAAUACAGUGGAGCAAUUUAAUUGUGUCUUAGCCUCUUGAUCAAACCUCAUGUCAAUUAAUUCAUAUGCAGGAAAGUUUCCUGAAAGAUUGCAGUCUAUUGGUCAGUCUAUCAGUUUUCUACUCUGCUGCCUUUACUGUCAGUCAAAAUACUGUAUUAUCAACUGAGGUGGCCAUCUUAUUUGCCUCAUGGGAAAGCUCCAUAUGACCUCCCUCUUACAGGAUUCUUAGGACAGACAAUGAAAUGUCCAGAAGAAAUGGAACAGCUUUGUGGAGAUCACACUCACCUGUAUUUCUUGGCUGAAGUUUGCACUGGAGAUUGGAACCCUAUUUAUCAAGUUUACCUCUCCAUCAUGAGUAAAUGUAACAAACCCUUGAAAAUUAUAAAUAUUUGAAACAGAUUAAUAAGCUUCCAAUCUCAUGAAUUGGAAAAAGUGCAGUUGCCAGUGGCAGCAUGUACAUAAAUGUCAAGAAGCAUUUAUUUUUUUAUCUUAUAAUACCUUACUAAAAUAUUUCUAUAGUGUUAA